ACAUAAAAAAUGAAACAAAAGGGGAGGGCGAUCAAGAGCUGUGUAAAAUAUGCAUCAGAAGCCAGGAAAAAAUGUUACAUGUUUCACUCUUACUUUGGUUUAUUCAUGCUGACAUUAACAUUGGAUGUGUACAUUAUGAGUAGUAAAAUUAAUGAACAAGGAAAAACAAGGCAUAAUGUAAUUUGGAUGAACUUAUUUUAAGAAGAAUCAACUGAGGCAUCAGCAUAGGGCGUAAGGAGAAGCCAAGGGCUUUUUAUAUCUCCCCCUAUCCCGUUUUCUAUAUCACCCGUAUUAUCGUUACAUUAUAACAUUAACUUUUGUCAAACAUAAAAGUACAAGGUAAGGACAAGUGACUGAUUACAAGACCACAAUGAACAACACAAAACAAUUUAGAUAAAUUUAUUGAGUCUAUUUCUUUCAAAAAAGUUACUGAUACUUAUCACAUACAUUUUAAUCUUUAGAAAACAGGCUUGAGAUUAGUGUUGUAAACUUUGUUGUGUAUGUUUAUGCCCAGCUUUGCCAGCCUUGUCAAGAGAGAUUGACUAUGGUCUUGGCAUUCCUGCUAACUUCAUCUUGACCCUCUUGAUGAGUAUAGAGGCUCAAAUUCAUUGUUUCUGCUACAUGAAGGAGCAAAUUCUGUGCUCACAAGGCUAGCACAGAAUUUCUGCUCUCACGGUUGCGAUAGCACAGAAUCCAUAAUUACAAAAUGACCACAUGUGCAUUAGCCAAAAUGUCCUUUCUUAACCUGUGGAAUGCACAUGUGUACACUAACCUUUAGCAUGGAAUAUCCGGCUGGUAAACAACUAUAUCAAAUACAUGUAGAUCUCUCUCAAAUGACGUCACUUCCUACAGAUUGCCACAUGCAUUGGCAUUUUGGGCGUCAAAUUUUCGUGACGCGCAUUGGCUGCGCCGUAUGUUCAAGAAAUUUCGAACAACACACACGUGUGUUUAACAUUUUGCACACUGUGGGCACACACAUCUGAUAGCGUUGAAAAUGCAGUUGUAAUUUGCCUAUGAAGAUGGCGUCCCAUGAGAGUGAUCUAUUGGGUCUAUUCAGUAUAUCUGGGAGACACCGGGAAUUCACAAAAGGGUCAUGUCUGGAGUUUGAAUGCAAAAACAUUUAAUGCGCUCCCAAAUGAGUCGUGUCAGGAUAUCGUCUUGAGAUGAAGCAUGGUGAAGAUCUCUAAGAUGUCAUCAUAUAUUUCAUUACUUAUGAUGUGAUUUGUGAGCAUCCUAUAAGUCCAUCAUACCCAGAGAUGCCCUUCCUGCUAGCUAAUACAUAUGCUUCAAAACCAAGCAAUAGUCUGAUCCAUCACAGCCAUGACUGCACAACUGACUGUCCUUAAAUAAGUCCAACAUGCAUGGACCUACAUGUACACACAUUACAUGCCUGGGCUCAACAUGCAGUGUGGCAUUGGGAGGCACGCUUGGUGUGGCACAAACAAAAUGGGCGGGGCUUUAAUGGAUUGGUUUAAUUUGACCAGUCCUUGCAUUUAGUGCCAAUCCAUGACAAAAUGAAUCAAUAAGGUUUAGCACAACAAAAUAAGCCAUCACAAUUCAAUACUUGUUGACUAUUAUCUCUCCAGAGUGAAAAAAACAAACCAACAAUAUGACUAUGGUGAUACUGCACAAUACCACACUAUGACUGAGGGAUAUUUCGGCUCAUUAGAAGCAAGAUCUUACUUUACAUAAAAAAACACUAGAAUAAUUAGUGUUCAUUUUACUGAGUUGGGAAAAAAAGUUGCCACAGAAGUGACUUUUAAAAGACCUGGUAGAUCAGCAGUAGGCAUAUUUUGCAAACUAGUAACAUGCAGAAUAAGCUUAACUACCGGUAUGACAAAAACAAAUGUCAAUGAGACAAAAGUAUUUUGAAAAGGUUUUGGAAAUUUGAGUGUAAUAUAGGCUAGUUCACACAAAAUCUGUAAUAACGAAUGAACCAGAUUUUUGAAGAAAUGGUUUCCUCUGGAUUAACAAUGUAGCGUGCAUACAAUUAUAAAAGAGUACUAUACAUGUAACUAUUGCAGCCACAUCUCAUCUCUGUGUCUUACUUAUACCAUGCAAUUAUACUGUUUAUAGUCAGGGCUUUUUAUUCUCUUCUUUAUAAUCCCUUUAUUGAUUAAAGCUUACAAGUCAACAUGCCAUGCAUAUCAUAUUGAUUGCUUGCCUACAUAUAAGAAACACUGCCACAAUCAAAAUGGAGGUCAGCUAAAAUUAACUACAUGAUUUUUAAAAAAAAAAAGGGUUUUGUAACUGAUUGUUCACCGUAACUAAUAAUACAUGCACUUGAUUGCAUGCCAAGGUGUAUGGAUUUUUAAGAUCAAUCCAAUCUAACUAAAAAUGCUUUCCACCAAGUACUUCAAUGACAAAACAUGAGAGUGGCUAGUUAAAAUUUGUCAAUUUCUAAUCAACACUAACAGAGGCUGAAAGUUCUGUCAGUUCCUUAACAUCACUGAGUCAUCAGGACAUUUUUUAAAGAUGAAACAAUGGCAAGUUAUGAGAGUCAUUUGGCAUUGUGUCUUCUUUGUUCAGCAGUUGUUCAGUAUAUGUGCAUUGUCAGGGAAUCAAAUGAAUAUAAUAGUUCAAAGUAUGAUUGCUGAAUUCUGAUUGCCCAAAAGCUAAGUCACAAUCUUCAAAGCCUUGUAUCCAUCUAUCUAGGCAUUAUGGAGCUGGUUUGGUUCCAGAUUGCUAUCAUGGUUGCCAGUGCUGCUGCUCAAUCUUGCCAGCCUUAUCAGGAACAAUUUGAAGAUUCUUGCUACAAGCUGUUACCAGAGCUCCUGACCUGGAGUCAUGCCAACACAACCUGUUAUGAUGCAGGUGGUGAACUGGUAGUUCCAACUUGCCUUGCUGAGCAUGACUUUAUCUGGCAGAUGUUCACAGCCAAUUCUCAAGACGGAGAUGUCUGGAUUGGCUGCACUGACAUGAGGGAGGAAGGUACCUGGAAGAGAGCUGGCGAGGGAGACCAUCACUGCAGCUACUUCAACUGGGCAGAAGGCCAGCCUGACAAGAAAUACCAAGAUGGCCAAGAUUGUCUGGUCAUGUCACGCAACUUGGAGAGUCUAUGGAAUGAUGUCAAGUGUUACAUAGAAAGAGCUACAAUUUGUAAGUACAAUGUCAUUCAAAGUACCACUAUUAUGGGAACAAGCACCACUCUCCAAGAAAGAGUUACCACUACCACAGAAGAGGUUACCAGUACCCCCAAAAGGGUUCAAAGUACCACAAAACGGGUUACAAGUACCUCAGAUAUGGCUGUACCAAGUACCCAUUACCCAAAGGGGGUUACCAUCAAAACUAACCCUAAGGUUUGCUGCCUCCAGGCUGAUGCAGAUGGCCACUUCAAUUCCCAAUAAGCUGUGGUCUAUCUUGGUUUAAAAACAUAAUAAUAAUAAUAAUUUGGGAGGCUGAUCAUCCUUACUCGCAGCUGAGAAGCUGAAUUGCUUAGGACGUGGCUACAAUGUGGUCGAGCUGCAGGCAUGUAAGGCAUCUAUGGCAGCCAGCCAUACAACCUUUAUGUACGACCACGGAGCACAGCCAGAUAUCAAAACUUGUUAAUUUUUUUUUGAGGGAGAAAAAAACAGAGGGCCUGGAGAUAAAUCUUGUGACAAAGGAGAGAACUAAUGCACAACUCUACUCACAUGUGGUCGUAGCCGAGAACGAACCAAGGCCACAGUGGUAAG